UAUAACGAGGGGAGCUGUCCAAGUGCUGAAAACAGAAGAGAACAGCACCGCUCCCGAGGAGAUGCCAUACACCUUCACUGCUGUCUGAGCUUUAUUACCAAAGGUAAUACAUUGCCUAUAAUGCUGCAUUUCCACCACAAGUUGCCCGCGGGGGGAGCCGUGGUCCUGCUCGCCUUCCUCCUCCAAGGAUGCGCCGUGCGGGCUGCGUCUCUCCCCCGCCACUACAGGCUCCGAGGUGGGGAGGGCGAGGGGCAGCCGGCUGCCUAUCCACCCAGCUCCGACAUGGUCAAAGCACUGGAGUACAUCGAGAACCUAAAGCAGCGGAACGGGGGCCGACCCGAACCCGCGGAUUACGAUGAGGUGGACAAGUUCAGGGUCCUGCUUCAGCUCGCCUCGCAGCAGCAGGACGAGAGUCCCGCGGACCGUCAGCCCGCCCCCGGCGUGCCAAGGCAGGACAUUACCGCUGAGCAGCUGAUGAAAGCCCUGCUCCAGUCUCUCCAGGAUCGGGCCGGGAUAGACGCGAAGCCCAUCAGCCCCGUGUCGGCGCCCAGGAACGACCGCCGCACGCACAGGCACCGCACCAAAGACACCGAAGUCCCCGCGGGCGCACCGGUAGAAUACGGUAAUUUCCCCAGACCCCACAAGAAAUACCCGCUGAUGUUCGAGGACGAGGAGAACACGGACGCUUCCAAGCGGGCCACGGAGGACCUGGACGAGCAGUACACUCCCCAGAGCCUCGCCAAUUUACGGUCCAUCUUCGAAGAGCUCGGGAGGAUGCCCACAUUCGACGGCCAGAAAAGAGACGUGUUCGGGGACGACGACGACAAUGAGGAAGAGGACGGGUUCAGCCUGAGGAGUCCGGCUUACGAGGACGUGGCCGGGGGAGAGCAGUGGGUCCCCAUCGAGGAGAGGGAGGAGACGGAGGAGUUGGUCAACGGGAGCCACGAAGAAAUGGACCGGGCGCUCGGCGAGCAGGAGGAAGCGGAGAGGGAGGAGAUGCAGCGCCGGGCGAGCCCGAACCAAGAGGACGCCAACGACGACACGAAACUGGUAGAUUACUACCUGUUGAAGGUCCUGGAGAUGAGCGACCAGACGCAGGAGCGGGAUAAGACCGGGGAGCAGAGAAAGAGACUGAUCCGGCCCUCCAUCCUCGACCCUCAGACCGUGAGGGACCUGCUGCAGCUCUCCCUGAAGCUCCACGUCCCCCCGCAGGACCUGAUCGACAUGUUGCUCACAGAGGAGCUCAGGAAGCUCCACCGCGAAACCCAGGGCUCGGCGGCUCGCUACCCGACCGGCCAGACCCCGAAGAUCCGGUACUACAGCCGCAGACUGCCGCCGAAAAGCAAGCCCGUCCCCGAGGACAUGGACAGGGAGGACUUUUUAGACAUCAUCGGCGUGGAGACGAUCAGCCACGAGUACCCCGUGGUGCAGAGACCCGUGAAGACCUCUCCCUCCGCGGACAGAAUCCCAGCGGCGUCCAUCCCCGUCGAAAAACCCGGACCAGUUAAAAUCCCGUCUUCCUCCGGGCGCAGGGAGAACCUCUUUUUGUCCGAGCUCAACAAAAUGCCGCUGAGACGUCAGGCCAACGUCGCCGAUGAUGAAGAUGAGGAUGGCGACGUGGAGGACGAGGUGACGACCUACCUGGCGGCCAAGAUCCUCACGGAGUACCCCAACACCAUCACCAAGAGGGACACCCAGGCCCAGCUGAAGGGACAGUUCCCCUACGAGCUGUACGAGCGGGUCAUGAAGAACUACCUGGGCCAAGCGGACACUGAGAAGCGGCCGCUGGCCAAGAGGGAAACCGAGGUGGCCACAGAGGAGGAAAUAGAGCCCACGGAGAUCCAGGGGGAGGAGGAGAUGAUGGCCAAGACCUCGGCUCCACAGACCGUAAAUGAGGGGGAGCGCCGUGAAAAAAAGGUGGCCGGGAUGUAGCCCGACGCCCUGCAAGACGCACGAAAUAAUGAAUAUUUAUACUGUAUCAAAAUUAAAGUUUGGUGGGCGUGAUCUAGUUUACAAAUGUAUAUUAUAUGAACUAUAGCUGGUAUAACUAAUAUCACCCUAACGGAAAUGAACUAUAGCAAUGUCACAAAUCCAAAACAUCUUUUUUCAAAUAUACUAUAGUCCCUAUACUUGCUGCAAGAACAUUACAGAUAUAUUAUAUAUUGAUAUCAUAUGAGAUUAAAAAGGUGCACUCCGUGCAUAAACGAGAAAACGAGUAUCCUCAAAACACUUUAAUUCCAACGUGUUGCCACUCUCAAAUUGCCAAUUAGGCCUGAUGGUGUACAUCAACCGAUAUCAAAUCACAAUGAAAUCCAAGUUAUUAAAGUUUGGUGAUGUUGUUAAAGGUUUGUUUGGGUUUGUGUUUGUAAACAGGCCUAUAUUUUAAAUUAUAAUCAACUGAGUAAUGUAAAAACGCUUAUUUUUCAUCCAUGUCAAACUAUUCAAUUACAUAUGUGAAUAUACCUGUAAAUGAAGCAUAAUGCUGACUGGGCCUCUAAAACACUAGUAGACAGCGUGCUGAGAGGGGUGCAUAGGAGCAUUAUGGGGAUUUUUCGUUCGGGCAGCGUGCUGGGCUGAGAGCGAGUGUUGUUGUGACUCGUGAUAUAUUCAGGGUAAGUGGAUUUAAUGUUAGUAUAAUGGACAAUUAUUUCCAAGUCUAAAUAUCAGACCGUCACCUGCCUUCCAACCCUUUCAUACUGAAGCUCUGUAUUGUUGGCCUACCAGUGGUUUGUGCUAUGUAUGCUCAUUUUUAAACCAUUUUGUACAUGUUCAAUAAUGUGUGAUGACUCACAGGUGAAAUAAAGCAUCAGCUGUAUUAUUUUUCCUUCUUG